UUGGCCCUGGUGCCCUUUGGGAGUCUUGUUGGUCUGGGCCUUCCCAGGAAGAUGUGGGGGAGCCUCUGGCCUCUCCUCCUGAGCCUCCUCACAGCCACGGCAGUUCCUGGACCCUCAUCGCGGAGACCAUCCAGAGAACUAGAUGCCAUCCCACGGAUGACCAUCCCCUAUGAAGAGCUCUCCGGGACCCGGCACUUCAAGGGCCGAGUCCAGAACUACUCAACACUGCUGCUGGAGGAGGACUCAGGGAAGCUGCUGGUGGGAGCCCGAGGUGCCCUGUUCUCUCUCAACGCUGAGGACAUAGGAGAUGGGACUCACAAAGAGAUCCGCUGGGAGGCCUCCCCAGAGAUGCAAAAUAAAUGUCAUCAAAAAGGGAAAAAUAACCAGACUGAAUGCUUCAACCACGUGCGGUUCCUUCAGCGGCUCAAUGCCACCCACCUUUACACAUGUGGAACACAUGCCUUCCAGCCCCUUUGUGCAGCCAUUGAUUCUGAGGCCUUCACCUUGCCAGCCACCUUUGAGGAAGGCAAAGAGAAGUGUCCUUAUGAUCCUGCCCGUGGCUUCACGGGCCUCAUCAUUGAUGGGGGCCUCUACACAGCCACGCGCUAUGAAUUCCGGAGCAUUCCUGACAUCCGCCGGAGCCGCCACCCCCACUCCCUGAGGACUGAGGAGGCACCCAUGCACUGGCUCAAUGAUGCUGAGUUCGUGUUCUCUGUCCUGGUACGGGAGAGCGAAGCCAGCCCAGUGGGAGAUGAUGACAAGGUUUACUACUUUUUCACGGAGCGGGCAGCUGAGGAGGGAUCUGGCAGCUUCGCUCAGAGUCGCAGCAGCCACCGGGUGGCCCGUGUGGCCCGUGUCUGCAAGGGAGACCUGGGAGGUAAGAAGAUCCUGCAGAAGAAGUGGACUUCGUUUUUGAAGGCGCGUCUCAUUUGCCACAUUCCACAGUAUGAGACUCUGCGUGGUGUCUGCCAUCUGGAUGCUGGCACCUCAGCCCACACGCGUUUCUAUGCGGCCUUCACGCUGACCACACAGUGGAAGACUCUGGAGGCCUCAGCUAUCUGCCGCUAUGACCUGGCAGAGGUGCAGGCUGUCUUCUCAGGUCCCUACAUGGAGUACCAGGAUGGUGUCCGGCGCUGGAGCCGUUAUGAUGGUGGGGUGCCUGAGCCCCGGCCUGGCUCGUGUAUCACAGACUCACUACGUAGCCGAGGCUACAACUCAUCUCGGGACCUGCCUUCCAUGGUCCUGGACUUUGUGAAGUUGCACCCACUGAUGGCUCGACCUCUGAUACCCACACGUGGACGGUCCCUGCUGCUCAAGCACAGUGUGCGCUACACACACCUCACAGGGAUACCUGUCACCACGCCUUCUGGACACACCUAUGACCUGCUCUUUCUGGGCACAGCUGAUGGCUGGAUCCACAAGGCUGUGGUCCUGGGCUCUGGGAUGCACAUCAUUGAAGAGACACAAGUGCUAAGGGAGCCCCAGUCUGUGGAGAAUCUGGUCAUCUCACCAACACAGCACAGCCUCUAUAUAGGAACCCCCAGUGGGGUCAUCCAGUUACCACUGUCCAGCUGCUACCGCUAUCGCUCCUGCUACGACUGCAUCCUGGCCCGGGACCCUUACUGCGGCUGGGACCCCAGCAUCUGUGGCUGCGUGGUGACCACUACCCUAGCCAACAGGUGUCAGAUGAGCAGGACAGCCCUGAUACAAGACAUAGAGAGAGGAAACCGAGGCUGUGAGGGCAGCAGGGACACAGCACCACCACCACCACUGAAGACCCGCUCCGUGCUCCGGGGUGAUGAUGUCCUUCUGCCCUGUGACCAGCCAUCCAACCUGGCCCGGGCCUUGUGGCUGCUCAAUGGGAGCAUGGGCCUGAAUGAUGGGCAGGGUGGCUACCGCGUGGGCGUGGACGGGCUGCUGGUGACAGACACACAGCCCGAGCACAGUGGUAACUAUGGCUGCUAUGCUGAGGAGAAUGGCCUCCGCACUCUGCUGGCCUUGUACAGCCUCACGGUCCGGCCAGUCACUCCUGCUCCGGCUCCACAGGCCCCUGCGGCGCCAGGUAGCCAACUGACACCCGAUGUGAGGCUACUCUAUGUACUAGCCAUUGCUGCGCUUGGUGGCCUCUGCCUCAUCCUGGCCUCUUCCCUCCUCUACAUGGCCUGUCUGCGGGGAGGACCACGAGGGCGCAGAAGGAAAUAUUCACUGGGCCGGGCUGGCCGCACAGGGGGCUCUGCAGUGCAGCUGCAGACAGUCUCUGGCCAGUGUCCUGGGGAGGAAGAUGAAGGGGAUGAUGGGGAAGGACCUGGGGGCCUGGAGGCACCCCCUCCACCCCCUCCAGCUGAGCUGACCAACGGGCUGGUGGCACUGCCCAGCCGGCUGCGCAGGAUGAACGGCAACAGCUACAUGCUCCUGAGGCAGAGUGACAAUGGAGUGGCAGCAGGGCCAUGUUCCUUUGCUGAGGAGCUCAGCCGCAUCCUGGAGAAGAGGAAACACACGCAACUCGUAGAACAGCUUGAUGAGAGCUCUGUCUGA